AUGGGAAUGCCCGGUGUGUCGGGGUACUAUCGAGCAGUUCAAAUAACUCCACUACUAUCAACAUCCUACCGAAAAGACCCAAUGGCGUGGGCCACACUGGAAAAAAAACAUGCACGUGGACUCUCUUUGCCACUCAUGGCCUGGCUGCCGAAAUGGAACAGACCAAAAAACUCUGAACUGCUACCUACCACAGCACUAACCCUUUCAACUUGGGACAAAUACCGGAAAAGACUGGGCCAAACAGCGCUGCUCUCCCCUGCGUUCCCCCUUGAUACUCAUACCCGACUUCGACUACAAACUUUGACAUAG